AUGGCUUGGAUCGUUCUUACUUUUAUUACAUUUAUCCACAUCGCAAAAUAUAAUGCGCAGGUGAGCUAUCGUUCGUGAAAAACUGAAAAGAUAAAUAGUCAAUACAAGUGCUUUAUAUGUGCAACUAACAGAAGUCGGAUAAAUUCCAGACUUUAAAGAACCACUAAACGUUUCAAUGAAAAAAAAAACCCUGAACGUUUUUUAGCCUUUAGUUUAUUAUUCUUCCUGUUUAAUUUUGAUGGAAGAAAUAUACGCCUCUAGGCCAAACGUUUUAUGCCUUAAUACUGACUUAGUUUUUUUUAGCCAAAAAGAGACGGACAAAAAAACAAAAACAAAACCAAAAAGAUUCCUUGAGGUGGUUCCGUCGUAGCAGCGAUCUGCCACAAUCCUCGGUCUCUAGCUCGUAGCUGUUCUGGUUUAAAGGCUGCGAAACUUAGAGAUACCUGCUGAUAGAUAGCUAGAUUUAGCAAUUAUUAAAGGAAGUCGAUUUCAAGAAUGAUAUAACAUGUAUAAUUAUAUGUUUUCAGCAGACCCCACUUUUUCAAUCAAAUCGUGUCCAGUGAAAAAUUCUGCUGUUACGUUUUACGUAAAAUUUCUGUGCCAGGAAAAUUCAACAGAAAUCUUUGAAGCAGUCUCGAGCUAGUGAGUCCUUCUGAAUUCAGCGUUGAAUGUUUGUGAAUUUUCAAAAUGUGUUACUCUGAGAAAGGACUCGAGAACUAGAUUUUGUUAGUUUAAGUAUUAAAAAUAAACACUCUUCUUCGAUCGAUGGCCUGUAUGUUGCCCCACCACUAAGACACUUGUAAGCCCUGAUUAGACCUGGGAUCUGGAAACUGAGCUAGAAUCGUCUAGCACGAGGUUGCCUUCGAAGCCGUUAUAGAUACACAUUUUUUUCAACCAUUUACAUGUGUGAUGUGGACUAUACAGGGUAUGUAUUAUAUCAUCUGCAAUAAAACUUCAAUGGAAAAUUUUUAAACAGGAAAAUUAAAAAAAAAAAAAAACAAACAGAGGAAAAACAAACAAACCAAAAAAAAAAAAAACAGAACAACUUUUAACGGCGCGGCCGCUGUCAAACUCUUUUGCUUUGGUAAAAGCAUGCGCAACAGUUUCGCUAAGGAAGUUUGUGAAGGAAACGUGUAUUAACGAUAAAUAGCUAAGAAAAUAGACCAAGUGUUUGACUCAUUUUCUCUUGUGUUUGAACAAUAACAGGAACAGGUGCCCCAGUAACCAUUAUUAGAGAUGAUUUUAUAACUAGAAGUAAUCGGAGCUUAGGAGAGUGCGUUCGAUAUGUUUGUUAGGCAUACAGCUGGUAGCAGUUGAGGGAGAAGAGUGGAUGGUUCUUGAGACCGAUAAAUAUAAUUAUGGCAUAUUUUGAACGUAAGGAUGGCGCAGGGCAAAACCUCUAUCAAAACUGUGUCUCAUUAUGAAAAGGUUUUGAAGGCUUUAAUCGCGAUAUCGUAUGGCUUGUCUCAAGUGCUUGUAAUUUGAAGACACUGGCGAGAGGGCGCAGUUGUUCGAAGGCCUGAUUAGCGCUUAACCCGGGUUUCUUUUUCUUUUGUUCAAAACCAUUUCUUCGGAUAAUUUUCUCUGCUAUUUCUAACAACAUCCAAUUAUCAAAUUGUCGACGAAAUGAGUUAAACUGGAUUUACUUUUUAAGCUUUCACUUCUGAAUGCAAAUUUCGCACUAACCCUGGGUUAUCUUAACCAGCUUCGAACAACCCGGGCCCGGUAUUGUUAAAAAGCAAACGGUUGACAACGUUUUAGUUGUAAUCAUUAAUUUUAUCUGUUGGGAAUACACACAUACAUACAUACAUACAUACUUGUAUUCUGGGUAGAACGUAUGUCGUAGAGCGCUCAAUUCAUUUAAUUGAAGAGCAUUGACUAUUAAUAAUCACAGGAGUUUAGGAUUCAGGAGUAAUCAUUGAUCGUUUAUUGCAACAGUGCUGUUUUGUAUGAUCCGAAAUUGAAGGACCACACUCAUCAGGCAACUUCAACGAUUGACCGUUAAAAUUAAAAGCUGGCAGUAAAAGAUAGGGAUGCGUUAAGAGAUAAUAUCUAGGUAACAGAUGGAUUGUGUUGUGUCUUAGUUACGUUACUCUAGAUUUAUGAUCGAAGUACAUAUCUGUUUCUGUGGCGGCAUGAACUCGCUAGUUUGUUUCGCCUGUUUAGGCUACAUGGCUCUUUUUUACAAAUGAUGAUGAACUUUUCAUAAAGACAAAGAUUACAUUUUUUGCCAAUGUUGCUAUAGGCUUUACAUUUCUUUAAAACUUUCCAUUUUAUCUGGAAAGGUUUCUUAGAGUCUUGUAAAGUCCAAAUAUAUUUCGAGAGUUCCGUUACAUUUCUUCUGUUCGAGUGUCAAAAGGAGGACUGAUGGUUCCUAUAACGUUUCUUAAAGUUUGUUGCCAGUCCGACGUAAGUUUCAGUUGUCGUCGCUGUGGUUACAGUGGCUUGGUAGAUUACAUUUGAUUGGAGGCAGCGAAAACAGUGUCUAGCAGGUUCCGUAGUAGUUUACAAAAUUUGCGAUUUUUUUGCUACCUUCACGAUUUCCUACUAACAUAACUGCUUCUUCCUUGGUAAUAAUUCAACGCAGCAUGGAGCUCUUGUUUGAAGUUCCUGUUUAACGUAACCUUAAACUAAAGGCACACGCGGAUCCAAUUUCAGGGACUUUUGGUGCUAUAUCAAGUUCUUUCACGCCUUAAAUGUGCCCGAUUCCAAUUCUGAAAAGCUCAGGUGCUAACGUUUGAAUUAUUCCAAGGAAAUGUCGCGGAAGGUAGCAAUGGUUUGGAUCGUUCUUACUUUUAUUGCAUUUACCCACAUCGCAAAAUAUAAUGCGCAGGUGAGCUAUCGUUUGUGAAAACCGAAAAGAUAAAUAGUCAAUACAAGUGCUUUAUAUGUGCAACUAACAGAAGUCGGAUGAAUUCCGGACUGUAAAGGGCCACUAAACGUUUCAAUCAAAAAGAGCCCUGAAUUUGUUUUAGAAUUUAGUUUAUUAUUCUUCCUGUUUAAUUUUGAUGAAAGAAAUAUACGCCUCUAGGCCAAACAUUUUAUGCCUUAAUACUGACUUAGUUUUUUUUAGCCAAAAAGAGACGGACAAAAAAACAAAACAAAACCAAAAAGGUUCUUUGAGGUGGUUCCGUUGUAGCAGCGAUCUACCACAAUCCUCGGUCUCUAGCUCGUAGCUGUUUUGGUUUAAAGGCUGCGAAACUCAGGGAUACCUGCUCAUAGAUAGCUAGAUUUACCAAUUGUUAAAGGAAGUCGAUUUCAACAAUGACAUAACGUGUAUAAUUAUGUGUUUUUGUCCAGUGAAAAAUUCUGCUGUUACCGGUUUUACCUAAAAUUUCUGGUUUCAGGUUUUUUUGAUAUAAUCAGGGUGUGCAAAGAAAAUUCAACAGAAAUCUUUGAAGCAGUCUCGAGCUAGUGAGUCCUUUUGAAUUCUGCGUUGAAUGUUUGUGAAUUUUCAAAACGUAUUACUGUGAGGAAGGACUGGAGAAUAUUGUAGAUUUUGUUGGUUUAAGUAUAGUAUUAAAAAUAAACACUCUUCUUCGAUCGAUGGCCUGUAUGUUGUUCCACCACUGAGGCACUUGUAAGCCCUGAUCAAGCCUGGGAUCUGGAAACCGAGCUAGAAUAGUCUAGCAUGAGGUUGCUUUCGAAGCCGUUAUAGAUACACAUUUUUUUUUCAACUAUUUACAUGUGUGAUUGUGGACUAUACAGGGUACGUAUUAUAUCAUCUGCAAUAAAACUUCAAUUUAAAAUUUGUAAACAGAAAAUUUUAGAAAAAAAAAAGAAAGAAAAACAGAACAACUUUCAACGGCGCGGCCGCUGUCAGGCGCUUUUGCUUUGGUAAAAGCAUGUGCAACAGUUUCGCUAAGGAUGUUUGUGAAGGAAACGUGUAUUAAAGAUAAAUAGCCAAGAAAAUAGACCAAGUGUUUGACUCAUUUUCUCUUGUGUUUGAACAAUAACAGGAACAGGUGCCCCAGUAACCAUUAUUAGAGAUGAUUUUAUAACUAGAAGUAAUCGGAGCUUAGGAGAGUUCGUUCGAUAUGUUUGUUAGGCGCACAGGUAGCAGUUGAGGGAGAAGAGUGGAUGGUUCUUGAAACAGAUAAAUAUGAUUAUGGCACAUUUUGAACGUAAGGAUUUCGUAAAGCGAAACCUCUAUUUAAACUGUAUCAUUAUGAAAAGGUUUUGGAGGCUUUAAUUGUGAUAUCGUAUGGCUCGUCUCAAGUGCUUGUAAUUUAAAGAGACACUGGCCAGAGAGCGCAGUUGUUCGAAGGCCUGAUUAGCGCUUAACCCGGGUUUCUUUUUCUUUUGUUCAAAAUCAUUUCUUCGGAUAAUGUUCUCCGCUAUUUUUAACAACAUCCAAUCAUCAACUUGUUGACGGAAUGAGUUAAACUGGAUUUACUUUUUAAGCUGUCACUUCUGAAUUCAAAUUUCGCACUAACCCUGGGUCAUCUUAACCAGCUUCGAAGAACCCGGGCCAGGUACUGUUAAAAAGCAAACGGUUGACAACGUUUUAGAUGUAAUCAUUAAUUUAUCUGUUGGGAAUAAGAUCAUCCAAUACAUACAUACGUACAUACAUAUCAUUUAAACACGAUAUGAUUUAAACCUCGAAGCUUGUGGGGUCGUGUAAAAAUAAUUACAAAUGGAUAAAAAUAUACAAAAAAUAAGAAUAAUAUUACUUACAUAAUACAACUACAAUAAAAACUCUAAAAAUAUACAGUAAGAUUCUAACAAAAAAAUACAAGUUUAAAAUGAAUUUACAUUAGUUACCUCUAAGUAAAUUGACUACAGCAUCUAAAACAUAAAAUAGUUAAAAACAUUUAAAAUCUUGGUGGUGCGUGGGCAGCGACUGGACCAACUGGGCGCUAAAAUCAAGUUCCUUAAAAUAAGAGUCCUUCUUCACUUUGCGAGUAAAAAAAACAGUAAACUGGUCUGUAAAGUGAGUCGAGACAGCUUUCCAAAGAAUAGCGCUUCCAUAACUAAUAGAGUUUUUAAGAAACUGCGAGUUUAAUCGCGGGACGAUUAUGUUAUUAAUCCCUCUGAAGUUGUUAAUGUAGUGCAUGAGGGCCCGGGUUUAUUCCUCAAGUAUGAAAGAGCCGCAGGUGCUUCACCUAUAAACACGCUAUGGAGUAUUCUAGUUCGAAUGUCGGCAAACUUCCUCAUGUAGACAAUUACUGAAAUGUACUAUAAAAUGAAACCGUUCACUGGUUAGUCUUCUUAACUUGUGUUUAUAUUCAAGACCCAACACCACGCUGGAGCACAAUGAAUUGUAUUUGAACAAUGGUUCACUUAAACUACACCUCGCACACGUUUCAAGGGAAUCAUCAAAGCCUCCAGUGGAAUGUGUGUGCUCACGUCAAUAUAACUUUUUCAUUAAUUUGGUCGAGUGUGUUGAUUUCAGUGACUUGAGUGGCGCUACUGUAGGCUGGUUUAUAAGUUUUUUCGAAUAAAUAACAUAGAGCUAAAUGUUCGUUUGUCCGGUGCCGAAGAAAUCACGAGUCAUGAUGAAAUGGCGCCGCCGAGCUGCACAACUCGGUAGAUUUACUUUAUGGCGCAACGGCCGCCGAGCUAUUAACUCAGCAGAUUUACUUUGUGUGACACCGAAUGGCCGCCGAGUUACACAACUCGGAUAUUUACUUUGUGGCACAACGGCCGCCGAGCUAAACAACCCGGUUUCAUUGAUGCAUGCACCAGGAGUCACAAACAGUUUCCAAAGACAGUGACGAACCAUGCCGGAAAAUAUGAAGGCAUAAUCCAAAGUAAAACUUUACUCAGGGUGUUGAACUGAACGCUUUGGCAGAUUCAACAACCACAGAUUCAGCAAACUCUUGAAAUAUGUACGCCUACGAAGAGAAAUAGCACACCUCAGCAAACGUUUAGAAGAUGAACGCCGAGGACACACGAAUCACCGCAUGAGUUAGCGCGUCAAAGUGAGGCAAAACGUAAACAAUCGCCUCGAACCGAGGCACAUGUGUGUCGACACAAAUGCAAACUCGAGAGAACCUCCCUUAUUGAUUGCACAGGACAUCCAAUACUGCACAGAACACCCAACACAAAUUAGGGGUUGCGUUCUCGUACCUCGAACGCAAUUAAAAUCCUCCACAUAAAACUAACCUAAACAAACUUCAUUUAUUAAUAUAACUGCCAGUUCUAAAGGUAUUUAUAUGGAAUUUCGUGAUCAUUAAAUAUUCCACAAUUUCGCAAAAAUUUCGAGAAUAUCAUUAAGAAAGUCUUGUUCAUUACUUCAAGUUUGGCAGAGGCUAAGAAUAACUACAAUGCAAUUAUAUAAUAAAAUUAGUUAUUUUCAUUUUCCAAUGAACAGCUUCAAAGAGGCGAACUUCGAGACUGUUAUUAACAAAGUCUUGUUCAUUUCUUUAAGUUUCGUAAAACUGAGAGGCUAUGGAUAAAUACAAUGCAGUUAAUUUGAUAAUAAAGUUUUUUGUUUAUUUUCCAAUGGACAGCUUCAAAGAGGCGAACAAGAGCACCUGCAAUUUGGGAACUUCAAGGAAUUUCUCAAUCACUUGCUAAAUAUUUCCCAAGUUUUGUCCACCGUGAAUGUCAGCGACUCCAUUGACUGUGCCUUCCAGUGCCUUGCUAACGUGACGUGCUUGUCAUUCAAUUUUGACAUUUCGCCGAACAGCAGCUCCACACUUCAUGUUUGCCAUUUGCUAUCUACAGACAAGUACAACCACUCCAUUGCCUUCGUGCGGAGUGAUCAGUUUCACCACUUCACUAUUGCGGUAGGAUAAAUGAAGCUAUUUUACUGGCCCUAGUCGUUCAAAAGCUGGAUAACGCUAUCCACUGGAUAAAUCUCUUUCCACUGGAGAACGCAAGUGGUUUCUGUAAUACUUAUCCGCUGGAUAGUGAUUUAUCCGGUGGAUAACGCUUUCCAGCGUUUGAACAACCAGGGCCAGUGGUUAUAAUAAAUUAACUUCAAUGCACGAAAGUGAGAUAAAACUAAAAUAGUUUGCACCGCCUAGAAACACCUGGAAUUAACUACACGACCUUUCUAUUCCGAUACACUUUUCCCGUUCGAUAAAUCUUUUUGAUGAAAAGUACAAGGAGAAGUUUGGUAGAUAAAACGACACUCACAUAUGAAACCGACACUUAUUAUCGUCAGCUAAAAGACUUUUUCUUUUGAGUGUUAAUGAAAGUCGUUACAAAUGCGCAGCUUAUGAUAACCUACUUUUGCACUGAUAUAGUUGUUCUUUGCACUUCAGAGCCCAUGUGACAGUUCUCCUUGCCAAGAUGGUGGACAAUGUCGCCCACUGUACGAUAAAAAUGACUUCGUAUGUGAAGGUAAUGACUUGGACGUUAUAUUUUGUCAUCAUCCGAUCGACCUUUUGCUUGCUCGAACAUAGUCGAAUCAGGAGAUCUUAAAAAUGUAAAAACGCAAUGCGAAUGGCUCAGAAAUCUCUCUUCCAUUAAAAAAACGGCAUUACUAACUAUAAAUAGGGCAUGCUCCUACACCAAGAAAUGCAUGGGAUUUUUUUUUUUUUCGAAUAUCGAAGAUGGUAGUUUUAGAACUUUACUCAAGGGGCUACUCAACAACCUUUAAUAAGGCGGGUUUGUGGGCAGGCUCCGCUCCGAUUUCCAAAACCCCUUACCCUUUUACAUACUUUCGGAACUUUUGACCGUAGCCCUUUCAUACACCCUCAGUUUAAAAAUGGUACCCCUUUCAAAUGCCUGGAAUACAGUGACUCUGUUGGGGAUAAGCACAGAUUUUUUUCAACUCGAACGUGAAAACUAAUUUUAAAAAAAAUUAAAAUACAAAACAUGUAGGUAGAGAGCCAAAUAGAACUGAAAAACCGAGCCAAAUACUCACAAGUUCUGUGCUCUCCCUUUUAUAUACCUGAAACCUGAAAAGGGGAGUCAUCUUGACCGGAGCCUCCUUGUAAAGGACAACAUAGGAAGUAACCACCGGAACUCUACGCCCUCAUGUUGGUCAAGCCUGGUAAUCACUAGCGCAUAAGCAUAAGCACAAGCACAAGCACAAGCACAUGUGUAAGCAAGUGAAAACUGAGUCGGCAUAAGCAUAAGCAUAAGCACAAGAAAAACGCACAAGUUCGUUCUUCUUGUGCUCAUGCUUAUGCUUAUGUCGUAGCUUUGACUAGCGAAAACGGGUUCGACAUAAGCAAUAGCAUGAGCACAAGGCCAUGGACCAAUCAUAGGCCACUUUGACCCAGACCUCAUGCGAACAUAUCGAAGGCAAUAUGGCGGACGAAGCGUCCGCCAUUUUGUUUAUCACCGAGUUAAAAAAUUGAAGCUCAGUGGAUCGAGAAUUGAGUCAAAUAUGCCAUUCUGCGCGUGCUUAUACUUAUGCCCUAGUGAAAACCAGGCUUUAGCAAAACAACGAAAGAUAUAAGGCCAAUCGGUUGACGUCAUUUUCAUUCCCUCAAUUAAGGCAUAUGUGGUAAAAUUUACUUUCAGUCUGAACUUGAAUUCUUGGAGUUUAAUGACACACCCUGUCAUGUUGAACAUUAAGAAUGUAACUGUGCCAGGCUCUCAUGGACUUAAAACCAAAUUUCCUCAACGAAUAUCGUUAGAUUAGCGUACUCUACAGGUGCUUAUGAUUUUCCCAUAAACACUUGAAGACUGAGGGCUGGUUCAGUGGGGUUGAUUACCUGAAUCUGAGGACUUCAUAAAGCUUUAAAAUGUUUUCCUAGUCUUUCCGUUUUAAUUAUCAUUUUUACCCACAAAAGGGUAAAAAACAAAUUAAAAAAAUGUAUAUGCUGAGCAUGUACAAUGCAGAAUAGUUUUUUCUAUGAGUGUGACUCUAUCUCAUUACUGUGAUCCAAAAAUUUCAUCUGUACUAAUGUAAAUAGAUUUGUUUUUCAUAACCUUAAGUGUGCCUUAUCUUGACUUGAGGGUUUUGUAGACUAACUGCAAUUUGGGUCUUUAAAAUUAUCUUAAACUAGGUACGUCAUAUUAAAAGGGUGUGAGAUAUAGCUUAUAAGAAAUUUGUGUCUGAGAGGUCUGAGAUACAGCAUGGAACGUUUCUUUAUCCCUGGUAAGCAGUAAUAACUAUCUCAAGCUAUUACGAAAGCUGACUAUUUAAACACCAGCUUGGAGUUUUAUGCGCCGUUGUUCUUUUUCAUUCCGGUUUUAGGGUGGUUCAAGAUUAACACAUAGGAAGUGUGCUUUGGAGCCAGGGACGAUUCCUACGGCAAGUUCAGUAUUCAUAAGGCGGGAAAGAUUUCUGCGUUUAAACUAGCUCAUCGCUCAGGUUUCGUGUCUUGUAAGCUUAGCGCCGAUAAAGGAUCAAAUUGGGGAUGCAUCUUGUCAUACAAGGGUCAAAUUUGUACACACAUGACUGAUGCCAGCAACGUCAGUCUUGUAAAUAAUUUAAAUUUAGGCAUUCAUGGAUGUUACCAGCUGCCUGGGUUUGAUCAUAAUUCCCCUGAAAUCGAGUUGAGCCUUUCAUCCCCAAUUGGUGUUCGUGCUGGACAGGAGUUCAGAAUCUGGUACGGCGAAGAUUUAUAUAAUAAAGACGACUCCGACAACCAUGGCAAGUCAUGCGUCGAUGUGUACGGCUUUUACUAG